AUGAGUAUAUUUCGGUUGCAUUAUAUAGGCAACUUGGCACUUGAUCCUCGGUUUCCAGAUACUAUCCUUUCCAAAGUCCCAGACAUCUAUCGACCAAAAGUGAUUGAAUUUCCAAAGGAUCGAGACGAAAUUAAAAUAGGUCGAGUAGAUAGCGAUUCAUUGAAUGACUUUAACUUGGAAAGUUGCAUUUAUCGGCCACUUAUAACUCCUCACCACGCAUCAAUUAAGCGCACUCAAGAAGGGGAAUAUGAAUUGCACGAUUACAGCUUGAACGGAACUUUUGUCAAUUAUAUACGCGUUGGUGAAGCAGUUACUCUUAAAAGAAAUGAUAUUAUCUGUUUCGGCUGUUACGAUAGUUUUGGAAAAAAGCCAGGCGAGAAAGUAACGAAUUUCCCUUGGGAUCAGAAAUACGUGGUUUACCUGGGUCCACCUGAAGAUGAUCCCUUUAUGAAACCUGAAAACAAUUUCUCAUGA